GCUUCGUCUUUUUUAAUCACAGCACUGCUGUUACAUUCGCUUUUCCCCCAGGUGGAAUACACUGCCCUCUUUAGGCUACAUUCUCUUUUCUUUGUAGACCAUCAUUCGUUUCGGUCUCUUGGAACCUUUACCUUACUACCAUUGACACUCUUUACGUCUUGCCUCGAUAUCUACAUCGUUUGCAGACUACACGACUACGUAUUGCUACUAUUAUUCUCUACCCCACAUUUUGACAAUGAAGACUACCUACGCUCUUUUGGUCACUGGACUGGCCUCUCAGCAAGUCGCUGCCACUUGGAACUUCUUCGACAACUAUGGCACACCCAACUACAGCAACAACAAGUGUAGCGAGAAGCAACAGGCUGGCUUUGACUGGUCUGACCUCAAGGACGGUGACUCGGUCAGCAACUACGGAGACUUUGACUUUUCCGGAGGCUGGAAGUGCGCCAACUCUUUUGGCAAGCUUGACUUGUUGACCAAGAGGACUUUUGGCAACAAGUGCAUCAAGAACAAGGUCAGCAAGAAGCAGCCUGCUUCAUUCGGCUGCAACAAGCGUGGUUUCUCCAUCAGCCAUAUGGACAUUUCUUCUGAAUUCGACGCUGAACUCGAGCUCCACUACACCAUGGAAGAUGGGUCUAUUUGCAAGCAGCUCGGCAGCUGCUCAGCUGGUGGAUCGACGCUUCAGAAUACGCAGUGUGGUGGCGCCAAAUCCGUCGACGUCUACCUUGGUUCUCACUACCAGGGCGACCAGGACUCGUGCGAGAUUGGCUUCCACAACAUUGGCUUUGACUGCAGCCCUGAGACUCCUUACACCACACCCACUCCACCUAAGGCUCCCUCUACCACCAGCCCCGCCGAGUAUCCCACUUCUCCUGCCGAGUCAACUCCCACCCCAGUCCCCAGCACUACUCCUGCCGAUGAGUGUGGACGGUACAGUGGUAAGGGAUGCGGCACUACAUCGGUUCAGAAGCCUACUGGUGGAGUUUGCCAAGGUGACAACUGCUACCCUGCUUCCACUCCUGAGGCUUCCACCUCACCCAGCGAGACUCCUACUGCUGAAGUUCCCGCUUCUUCGCCUGCUCCUUACACCAACACGUCUGCCCCUGCAUACACUCCUCCUACUCAGGUUCCUUCUUCAGUUGUCGAGAGCACCACUGCCACUCCCCCAGUCGAGAGCUCUGCCACUCCUGAAUGCGGUUAUGGCCAGUCUUGCGAAGAGUCAUCUGCUGUCCCUAGCAGCACUGCCACUCCUCUUCCUGCCACCAGCUCCGAGGCUCCCAAGCCAUCAAGCCCCAGCUACCCUCCUGUGAACGUUACCGACUCGGUCCCCAAGUGCAUGAACUCGUGGCUCCAGAUCUCUGCUCCUGGCUGCAAGGACAACACCGACGCCAAGUGCUACUGUGUCAAGCCCGAGUUUACCAAGAAUGUCAUCGACUGCCUUACUGCUCGCUGCGGAAGCGACGACGAUAUCCGCAAGGCGCUCCAGUACUUCAUUGGUAUCUGCGCUGAGCACAUCCCCGAGAACCCCAAGAUUGUCGGCGACUGCCCUUCGUACAUUCCCUUGAACCCUACCCCAUCUCCUGCUGUUCCUACUGGUGGCGCCUCUGCUCCGGUUCCUGGCAGCUCUGUCCCUGCUGCUGCUGAGAGCAGCUCUGUCGUUGUUCCUCCUACUGGUGGAGAGGGCAUGCCCGCUCCCUCAGCCCCUGCUCAGUAUCCGGCUCCUUCAGCUCCCGCCCUCACUCCCAUUGCCAGCAGCGCUCCCCCCGCCGAGCAAACCCCUUGCACCACCAUCACCUAUGGCACAACCACCAUCACUGUGCCCCAGGUCUACUUCACCACCGAGCCCAGCACCCCUGGUGCCACCCCCAGCCAGCCUGUCGCUCUCGUUCCCGGCACUGCGCCCCCACAGACUCCCGCCACUACCACUCCGGCUGCUGCCGCCGUCCCUCCUCCUUACCCCAUUGCCACUACCCUGGGCACUGCCGCCGUCCCUCCUCCUUACCCCACUGCCACUACCCUGGGCACUGCCACCGUCCCUAUGGCCUCUGGCACUGGUGGUCUGAAUCCCUCAUCACCCGCUGAAUUCACCGGCGCCGCAUCGCCCUUCAGCGUGGUUCCCCACAGCGCCCUCUUUGCUGCGCUCCUCGCCUUUUUCGCUUUGUAA